UUUCAUCCCGAUACAUCAAGGAACACGGCGCCACGCAACUUAUAGCUCCUAGAAUCUCUAAUAACUCCGCGUGGCUAUCUUUCAAACAGUUUAUUCUUGACAUAGGGGCCCAGCCUCAUUACCGCCAUGGAUUACGAAAUGGAUAUCGAGCCCACCGGGCCCCAGGUCACAGUGCGAGAGGCCGAACCCUACCGCGUAGACUUCAAACUCAGCUCCGUGGACCUCGCCUUCGCCAACUCCGUCCGGCGCGUGAUGCUCGCUGAAAUCCCCACGAUGGCCGUCGACCUGGUCGAAGUCGAAAAGAACUCAUCCGUUCUUCCAGACGAAAUGCUUGCCCACAGAUUAGGUCUGAUCCCGCUGAUCUCGAAAAACUGCGACCAGGACGUCGAGUACACACGCGAUUGCGAGUGCGAGGACCACUGUGCACGGUGUAGUGUUACGCUUUCGCUGCAUGCGCGGUGCACUGGCGAUGAGAUUAUGUGUGUGUAUGCGCGCGAUCUGGUUGUUUCUGGGGAACGCGCGAACGAAUGGGUUGGGAGCCCUGUUAUUACGGACCCGGAGGGGAACGGCCCGCUUAUUUGCAAGUUGAGGCGUGGGCAGGAGCUUAAGAUGACUUGCAUUGCGAAGAAGGGAAUUGCGAAGGAACAUUCAAAGUGGGCGCCUACUGCCGCGAUUGGGUUCGAGUAUGAUCCGCACAAUAACCUCAAGCAUGUGGAUUAUUGGUAUGAGGAGGAUCCCGUUAAAGAAUGGCCCGUUUCCCAAAACGCCGCAUGGGAGCACGCGGCGGCCCCCGACCAACCAUUUGACUACGAUGCACAACCAAACAACUUCUAUUUUGACAUUGAAAGUAUCGGCAACCUUGAGCCUGAUAUGAUUAUCCAGCAAGGAAUUGUCGUUUUGCAACGUAAACUUGCCUCUGCUAUCUCAUCGCUCUCCGGUACCGAAGGAGGCGAUCACAACGGCGUUCCCGACGAAGACAUGAUGGGUGUUCGAAGCCCAGACGCCUAUGAGCCUCCAGAGGGCAUGGACGGUAGCUUCACAGCAUAUGCUAAUGGAGGUGCUGCGAGCGCCUGGGGUGCUACAGCUGCGACACCCUACGGAGCUACUCCUUAUGGCGGAGGCAAUUAUAGCUUCUAAUCUUCUGCAGAAAAAAUAUCUCAAUCCUUUCCUUUGUCUGUAUUGGAGCUUGAAUUGGGAAGGGAAAAGAAAGUGGGGAAAAGAAUCUACUUAUUAACUUCAUUUAGCAUCGGACGGAGUUUGCGGCUGGGAGGGUUCAUUUGGGCGCCUAGGCGCGGUGUUUUCUAUUUCGUUUCUAUUUCAAUAACCUCUGCUUUGCCCUCCAUCGACAUAGUAUCAGCAGAAAUUCUUUUACAUAUAUUCUUUUUGCCCUUUAGUUCAUGUAAUUAUAGAGCAGCAAAUGCAUUGGACAAUGAACUCAAUACAACACCACAUAGGAACUAAAUUUCAAGAUAAUUGAAGUACAC